AUGUCUUCCUUAAGUGGGAAAGUCCAAACUGUUCUGAGCCUUGUGGGGCCAAGCAAACUGGGCUGCACCCUGACCCACGAACCCUUGACAAUGACUUUUGACUGCUCUUACUACCCACCUCCUCUGUGCCGUGAAGUGAUCUCCAAUGAACCUAUUACAAUGAAAAAUUUAUUUUGGAUCCAGAAAAACCCUUAUUCCCAUAGAGAGAAUCUGCAGUUGAAUCAGGAGACGAAAGGCAUCAAGGAAGAAUUGUUGGAUUUUAAAGCCCAAGGUGGAGGAGCUUUAGUGGAAAACACAACCACUGGGAUCAGCUGAGAUGUGCAGACCUUAAAGCGGAUUGCGGAAGAGACUGGCGUCCACAUCACAUCCGGAACUGGGUUUUAUGUGGAUGUAACUCACUCUUCAGAGACCAGAGCCAUGUCAGAGGAGCAGCUUACUGAUGUCCUUGUUAAUGAAAUUCUCCAUGGAGCUGAUGGAACCAGUAUCAAGUGUGGCGUUAAUGGGGAAACUGGUUGCUCCUGGCCUCUGACUGAGAGUGAAAGAAAGGUUGUACAGGCAACAGCUCACGCUCAGGCUCAGCUUGGCUGUCCUGUUAUUAUUCACCUGGGAAGGAAUCGAAGUGCACCAUUUCAGAUUAUCCGAGUGCUGCAAGAGGCUGGAGCAGACACCUCCAAAACAGUUAGGUCACACCUUGAUAGGACUCUCCUUGACAAGAGGGAACUACUGGAGUUGGCUCAACUUGGCUGUUACUUGGAAUAUGAUCUCUUUGGUUCUGAACUUUUCCAUUAUCAGUUCAACCCGGAGCCCAAUGAUAAUAAAAGAAUUGAAAGGGUACGUCUUCUGGUAGAUGAGGGCUAUGAAGGUCGGAUUCUGAUGGCACAUGACAUACCUACGAAGCAUCGGCUGACGAAAUACAGAGGUCACGGCUAUUCUCAUAUACCUACCAACAUUGUUCCUAAAAUGUUGUUUAGAGGCAUAACUGAGGCUGCACUUGAUAAGAUACUGACAGAGAACCCCAAGCAAUGGCUAACUUUCAAAUAGGACGGUUGUUCUGAAUUCAUACCUUGAGUAUAAAGCUUGCAGGGAACAGACAGGGAUUUCAAACCCACUGUGAGAUAUUAAUCAGAGUUACAUUGGACUGACAGAGCAUUUCCUUUUUAGGAGAAUUAGAAGACUUCUGCCUUCUCAGAAACUGGCUAUUACAUCUGUACCUUUAGGGAGUUACCGAGCCUUAUUAAGCCCUAUUGUUUUUCCUUAACAAAAUAAAGACAAAAGUACCCAUAUCCAAACAACGAUUUACAGUCUACAUCCCCUUAGUGGAGUUUUGCUUC